AUGGAGGACCCGCGAGAGGCACCGAUCCUCGUCGCUGAAAGGACUGUCGACAACAAACGAGACAGCUUUUCUUCUGGGAAAAUCAAUGGGCAUGGUCCCAACGGCCUCGUUAUCUCCAUACCGCCAGUUGAAUCUUUAACAAACGCCGUGUCCCAGCAGCUGCCGUCCCCUCUCCCCACGCCCACACCUGGCCAACAAACUAUCGCGACAAUCGCCUCCCCGAAUCUGGGAAACCCUCUCCCAACUAUACACUCCGAUGAAGAUUACUCCUCCGACGUCUCGUCCACCCGGACGAGGCCUGAUCCCGACCUUCACGACGCAUCCGAAUCCUCGUCAUUUUCCGACUCUCUCCCGCCACCUCAGCCCCCGGCGAGCGAUCCCAUGAAGAACGAUAGAGGCGGAACCCUUGAUUCCGCAAAGGGAGAGCCCAUGAGAUCGAGCAGGAGCCAUGAGAACGUGAGGCGGCUAUCGGCUACCGAGAUACAGCAGCUGACCGCCUCACCGCAUUCGCUCCCUAUCGCGGUCGUGCCGGAUGUUCUCGCCAUGCGCUACGACGCGAAUGCCGACCAACGCGCGGACCCUGUCGACGCCCCCGAUUUCGAGGAAUCGCGGCCGGAGAAGAGGGACCCCGCCGUCGUAGCGCCAACUCCCGCUCCCAUACCUAUACCCCCGGUAUCUCUACCGACACAUCUACAACUCGAGCUUGCGGCCCAAAAGCCUAGCCCUCUUUACAUCCAACGGCCGGAGACGAUAGACGUCCCAUAUGAAUCUAGCGCGGUCAAAAUUGAGCGUUUGAUCAACGUCAUCUUGCUCCCCGCCUAUCUUGAGCGUACGUUGACGUUUGGAGCCCUGGCCUGCCUCGACUCAUGGCUUCAUACCUUUACCAUUCUUCCCAUGCGCUUUCUCAUUGCCGUUGGAAUACUCGUCCAGUGGUGGGGUCACGUUUUCUCCAAAGAGGUCAAGUGGAUCACGGGUUUCGUGUGGUACGGCCUAGGGCGUCUUUGGAGCCGUGGUCUCUUUAAAUCUAGAACUGUCCCUGCCGUCGAUGUCACACUCCCAUCACCGGAUGAGGAUUCGUUAGCCGCUACCCGAAAACGGGGUGAUUCUACGGACUCUUGGCCUCUUGAAGGAAUACCUACGCCCAGGAUUCCCCUUAAUCCCGCCGCUGAUGCCGUCGCGCCCUUGAUGACGAGGGCAGACUCCUCCUCGGCAAGCGGCCAUCGAAGCCGGAUCCUCCAUUCAAAGCCUCGUCCACCCUCGAGCGUAUAUCGACAUAGACGAACAAAGUCGAGGCCAUCCAACCUCUCCGCCUACAACAAGGCAGAUCUACUACAAGGAGCCCUUAUCAUUUUUAGCGCCGCGGCGCUCAUGAAGUUGGAUGGAAGCCGCAUGUAUCACUUUAUUCGCGCUCAAUCGGAUAUCAAACUCUACGUCAUCUUCAACUUGCUCGAGGUCGGAGAUCGCCUUCUUGGCUCGCUUGGCCAAGAUAUUCUGGAGUGCUUGUUUAGUGCCGAAACCCUCGCGAGAAAUGCAUCGGGACGCUCAAAGGUUCUCAUGCCCCUUGGCAUGUUCUUCCUCGCACUCUUGUACAACAUUGCCCAUGCCGUUACGCUUUACUUUCAGUGCAUCACCCUCAACGUCGCUGUCAAUUCCUACUCCAACGCUCUUCUGACCUUGUUAAUGUCGAACCAAUUUGUCGAGGUGAAGAGCACGGUCUUCAAGCGGUUUGAGCGCGACAACCUAUUUCAACUCACAUGUGCCGACAUCGUGGAGAGAUUUCAGCUAUGGAUCAUGCUUCUCGUUGUCGGCCUGCGGAAUGUGGUCGAGCCCGACCAUCCUCCCCACAGCUUCACCAUAUUGCCUACUUGGAUCCUCUCUGGAGAGGUCUUGUCGCCCUUCUUUAUCGUUAUCGGCAGUGAGAUUCUUGUCGACAGCAUCAAACAUGCCUACGUCACCAAGUUCAACAACAUAAAACGCACUUUUACAGCCGAAUCCUUGACAUCCUGCCUUUACCACUCCAUCGCUUACCCGAAGACUUGGUCUCCCGGUCCUCCCCUCUCCUGCCUCUUUAUCCGAGCUUCUUUCCAAACCUACCACAUGUUUCUAUCUACCCGCUUGUCGCCGCCAAUACCACCUUCCACGCACACUUCUUUGACCGAGAACACAACCAUCCCGACGUCACCCGCGAUAUUGGCGGCUCUGGAAAGAUUUGAUACGCUGAUUAGAGACUCCUUGGGGAGGUCAGUGUACGGAGACCCGUUUCGGGUUGGCGGGGCGAAGAAGCCUCAGUGGUGGGAAUGGUCAAAGGACGAUGCGAUUGCCGCACUAACUAUGGUGGUUUUCUUCUUCAUCGUGUUCCUUGUCCUUCUCAUCAUCAAAUUACUCCUAGGGAUGGUUCUUUUGCACUACUCAAGCAAACGCUAUGCUAGGAUGAAGCAUAGGGAGGCUCAGAUUGCACAGGGGAAGAUGGAGAAGGAGUCGCACUUGGCUCAAGGGAAGCGGGCGGGCGGCUACGGGCAUGUCGAACUCGGCGAGGAGAGGAGCAAGUGGCUGAACGCGGAUGAGCGGGAAGGCUUGAAGAAGAAGGGCAAGAAGGAGUCACCACCAGAGGACGAUCUUGAGAGAGUCUCGAGAUAUGAAAUGGUGGCAAAACGCAUUUG